AUGACAACCAUUUGCGACCUCCCCGAAGACGUCCUGGUGGAGCUGCUGUCGCUGCUGCCAGCCCGGGAUCUGCUCCGCGCCUGCAGGCUGGGCUGGCGGUACGUGGUGGAUCUGGCCACCCUAUGGAAACGCAAGUGCCAGCGCGAGGGGUUUUAUAUGCAGAAUUUGGACAGAAGCGUCUCUGACUGGAAGGUCUUCUAUAUGCUCUGCAACUUGAAGAGAAACUUAAUCAAAAACCCCUGUGCUGAAGAGAACUUUCGGCACUGGAAGCUUGAUAAUAAUGAUGGAGAUAAAUGGAAGAUUGAGAAUCUCCCUGGACCUCAUGGGAGAGAGAUGCCAGACCCCAAAGUACACAAAUACUUUGUCACUUCAUAUGGGCCAUGCUUAAAGUCUCAACUCAUUACCCUGCAGAAAGAAGGAUACUGGAAUCAGUUGAUGGAUGAGAAACGGCCUGAAAUUGUAGUCAAGGACUGGUAUGCUGCCAGGUUUGACUGUGGGUGUCGCUAUGAACUUACAGUGAGGCUGCUUUCUGAAGACUACAUUGUCCUUGAGGAGUUCCACCCUGAGCCAGUGGUUAUAGAGCAGUGGAGCGAUGCAGUGUGGAGAGAGAUUUCUCACACCUUCCAGAAUUACCCAGCUGGAGUUCGUUACAUCUGGUUUCAGCAUGGAGGCCAAGACACCCAGUUUUGGGCAGGAUGGUAUGGGAUCCGAGUGACAAACAGCAGCAUCACCAUCGGGCCCCAACAUUGUUAUGAAGGCACAAUAUAAGUGUUUGCUUUUACCUCAGGACUGUAACCAGGUGGUCUCAGGUGCAUUUAUCUGUCUGUACUCUCUGUGUGAGUGUCCCGACUUUGUCUGGCACAGCUGCUCCCAAAUACAAGCAGCUAGUUCUUGUUCACAGCAGAACUUCUGCAGGCCCAGCCCUUUGGAAGGACCUCUGUCUUCAUCUUUCUUCCUCCUGUACCAUGG